UUUAAGCAAUAUGUUUAUUCAAUUACAUGCUUGUAUGAUAAAAAUAAAAAAUAAAAAUUACAGGCAACAACUCGGAGCUGAGACUAUCUCCGACCACCGGUGACUGCCGUUCUUCUGCCACUCAUAGCCGCCGUUGAAGCUUCCCUCAGAAUACAUGGAUUCGCAAAGCCAGAAUACUUCAUUGCAGCGGCUGCAAAAUGUUGAGAAGAGGAUAGUCAGAGUUCUGGAGCUAGCAGGAGGUGUAAUGGAUGAAAUGGCAAAUCCGAGCGGCCCCAGGAAGGAGCUUAUUAACAACCAUUGUAGUGAGUUCAUGCAACUAAUCAAGGACAUCCAAGUCACACUGCGAGAAGAAAUCAAAAGUGCAUGUGAAUAUCGUCCUUUUGAGAAGUGUGACUAUGUACCAAGAAUAUCAAAUGAGAUCUGUUGCAAGAAACUCGAUUAUGUGAUUUCUCAGUUCGACAAUAUGAAACAAACAAUUGAGGGGUAUCAUGCUGCAGCAUCAGACCAUAUGGCCCUUGAUUAGUAGGUAAUAUACUCAGUGUUGCUUCUUGUUCAUGUGGAAACAUAAAUAUCUACGACAACAACUACUACACCUCAACUCUAAGCAAGUUGGAGCCAGCUAAAGGUUUAUUUAUUUAAAGCUUUUGAAUCAAUACCUCAGCACGACCACUUUUGUGUGAAUAACUUUGCCGAUGGAUCUCUACUAAUGAUAUAAAAUCUUGUUGCAGUUUAAAAUUUCUUCGAACAUGAUAUUACAUGUCUGUGAAAACUUAGGCUUUUCAUGGUUGUUCAGUAAGCGAUGAGUUGAAGUAGCUCGAAUCUUGAAUCAGAAAUUCUCUUUGAAACAAUUCUUGAAAUGUCCCUGUACUGUUGCAUUUGUAUCUUAUUUCAUUCAAUACUAUAGUUCAGUAUCUGCUGUUGAAUUGUAGGAAUGCUACAUUUGCUUUUCACUUGUUUAUGCAAUGAACUUUGCUCAAUCUUGCAAAA